AUGAGGCCACUUAAACAAUCUAAAUUAAAAGCUAAGGAAAAUCUAAGUCUAAAAUUAACAGAAAAAUCUCGUAAACAAAUGCGUAAAGAACUUAGAAAGCAAAAAAAAGUUAAUCGAUUAAUUUAUUCAAAAAACAAACAUAAGUUAAGUACAUGUGUGAAUGUUGAAUUCGACAAAAUUGUCGAAACCAAAGAUAACGAAACAAAUUAUUGCAAUGAAGUAACUAACAAAACUGUGAAUGUACAUAAAAAAUUAAAAAGAUAUACAAGAGAUAUUAAAAAACAAGAGUUUGAAGAACCUGAAUUUAAAAAAAGAAAUAAAAAAUGUGAGUUACUUAAAGAAGCUAAUUUAAAAGAAGACAAAGUAAUUAAGAAACUGGAAAAGCAAUUGAAAUUAAAUAAAAGAAAAAAAAAAACGAUUCCUAAGUCUUUCGUAACAGAUGGUUUAGAUUAUCUUUUAGAUUUUUGCUUAGAAAAAAAUAGAAAAUGUAUAUUGGAGACAGAAAAAGAAAUUUUAGAAAAUGAAUUUAAUAAUGAAUUCGAUAUAAAUUUUUCAGAAAUAAUAGAUGAAAAUAUAUAUACAAAUAAUAAAUUAUUUUGUAAUUACAAAAAUAAGAGUGAAAGCAAAAGCAAAAAUGAGAGUGUCAAUGAUUCUAGUAAAAAUGUACCUAUGAUAGCAUCCAAAUCAAAAAAGAUAAAGUUAACACGAAUUAUAAAAGCUGAUAAUAUCAAUAUUAAUGACAAAGAUGUAUGGGAAGAUAUUUAUGGUAGAAAAAGAGAUAAAGAGGGUAACAUCAUAUAUAAUACUAAUAGAUAUAUUCCACCAGCUGUGCAAAAAGUUAUUAUGCAUGAUAUAAAUCUAUAUGAUGAAAAAUUGAUUUCUCUGAAAAAGCAGUUAAAAGGUUGUUUAAAUAGAAUAACAGAACAUAAUGUUUAUAACAUAUCAAACCAGGUAGAAACAAUGUAUAUGACAAACAGUCGUAAUAAUAUGAACAACAUAUUAUCAGAAUUAGUGCUUGAAAGUUUGGUGUCAGAUGUAAUUACACCAGAUCGUCUUAUUUCUGAAUAUAUGAUGUUAAUUGCGAUUUUACAUGCUAAUAUUGGUAUCGAAGUAGGCGCUAAUUUUGUAGAGAAACUUGUUAAAAGAUUUUUUGAUGCAAUGGAAAAGCUACAAGAUAUAACAAAAAAAGAAUUAGAUAAUAUAGUUCUUAUAAUUUCACACUUAUAUAAUUUUAAAAUAUUUGGAAAUAAGCUUCUUUAUCAGAUACUUAAUAAAUUGAUGAUCAAAUUUACGGAAAAAGAAAUUGAAUUAAUAUUACUUAUCUUAAAAACAGUAGGAUUUUCAUUGAGAAAGGAUGAUCCCAAUGCUUUAAAAGAAUUUAUAAAAAGUGUACAGUUAAAAGCUAGUAAUGAGAAUGGAAAAAAUUCAAGAAUUAAAUUUAUGUUGGAAAUUUUGCUAGCACUAAAAAAUAAUAACUUCAAUAAAAUACCUCAAUAUGAUCCUUCCCAUGUAGAACAUUUAAAGAAAAUUAUAAGAAAUGUCAUACGAAAAGGUAAUACAAUAACCCAGUUUAAUGUGUCUUUGGAGGAUUUAUUAUAUGCUCAUGAAAAUGGAAAAUGGUGGAUCAUAGGAUCAGCUUGGUCUGACUUAAAUAAUAUGAAUAGUAAAGUAAAUACAAAGGAAAAUAAUAAGUUUAAUUUUGGUGAAAAAAUUUUGAGAUUAGCACAAAAGCAAAGAAUGAAUACUGAUAUAAGAAAAAAUAUUUUUUGUAUCCUUGUAACAGCUGAAGAUUAUUUAGAUGCAUUUGAAAAACUUCAUCAUCUUGGUUUGAAGGAUCAGCAGGAAGGAGAAAUCAUACAUGUUUUAAUACAUUGCUGCUUGCAGGAAAAUAAGUUUAAUCCUUAUUAUGCAGUAUUAGCACAAAAACUGUGCGAAUAUAAUAGAAAAUAUCAGUUAACAAUACAGUAUAACUUUUGGGACAAAUUGAAGACACUGGAUAUAUAUGACAACAAACAAUUAAUUAAUUUAGCCCAACUUUUAAGUCAUUUAUUUAUUGAAAAGUGCCUUUCCUUGUCAAUACUUAAAAUCAUUCAGUUUACUGAACUAGACAGGCAAACCAUGAAAUUUCUUAGACAAAUAAUAUUGGGAAUUCUUUUACAUGAAAACGAACGAUCUUGUAUGCAAGUAUUUGAAAGAUUCUGUAUUUCUUCACAAUUACAAAGUUUUAGGGAAAGCCUUCGUUUAUUCAUAAAUUGUUUUAUAAUGAAAAAUAUAUAUUCAUAUUAUAUCUUGGAUGAACAAAAGAUAAUGCUGAAAGAAAGAAUUGAAUUGGUUAAUAAAAUAUUAAUUUUAAAUGAAUUUAAAAUUAAAUUUUAA